GAAGAAAAUAAAAGAUUUGGAGACGGACAAGAAGGAGCUGGUUGGUGUCUUUGGUAGAGCUGGGGCUGGAAAGAGCUCUCUAAUAAAUGCGAUCAUUGGAGAGAAGGAUCUUUUGCCCACGGACAAUAGCAGUGCAUGUACCUCAGUCAUGAUUAAAGUGGAGACUAACAUGCACAGCCUGAAGUAUGAGGCAGAGAUUGAGUUCAUUACAAAGGAGGAGUGGAAAGAUGAGUUGUGGUCCUUGUACCAUAUUCUUGGGGAUAAUACGUAUCAAGAAAAAGAUGAUGAUGAUGAUGAUGAUGAUGAUGACGAUGAUGAUGACGAUGAUGAUGAAUUUGACACUGUUGAAAGGCUGUCAGCGUUGUAUGGAGAAGAUAUUGGAAGAAACUGGAAAAACACAGUUUUUGAAAACCUGAUGGAUGACAAAUAUUUCAGAGAAAUUCCAGAAUUUCUCAGAUCCAAGCCGAAGAUUUUAACCUGUAAAUCAGCCUAA